UCUAGCUAGAAAUGGGAAAGACAAGCAAAUGGUUCAAAACUUUGUUGACCGGAAAGAAAGACAAGACCAAUAAUAAUCAUUCACCAAUCCAUACCAAAGAAAACACACCAUCACCCAUUACCACCCAACCCACAACUCCUAAAGAGAAGCGUAGAUGGAGUUUCCGGCGAUCAUCCACCACCGCAACGGCCACGACCCCUCGUAGCUCGAAUGACGUCACAUCCACUCCACCACCUUCUUUGCAACCCGAGAAUUUUGUAUGGAACAACCAUAAUGCUAGUGCAAUUUUGGCACCGCAAGAAAAUGUGGCUGCCACAUUGAUACAAGCGGUUUUUCGUUCUUACUUAGCUAGAAAAGCGCUAUCCGCUUUAAAAGGGCUAGUGAAGUUGCAAGCAUUAGUUAGGGGUCACUUGGUGCGAAAGCAAGCUGCUGAGACUCUUCGGUGCAUGCAUGCUCUAGUGACGGCUCAAGCUAGAGCACGUGCUCACCGAAGAAGAACACAUGAUCAUACAAUUCAUCAUGGUGUAAAUAAUCAAGAAUAUUUGGAAGAAAACAUCAAAAUUGUGGAAAUGGAUAUUGGUCAUACAAGGCCAUCUCAUUUUGUUUCGCCAAAAGCUUCAGAAAUGGAGCAUUUUGACGAUUAUACCCAAAAUGUAGCGUUAUACUACUCGAAACCUAGUAAUUCCAGACCACAGUCUGUAGCUGAUUAUACUGAAACACCUCAAGAAUUUGAGGUGUAUCCAAGUUACAUGGCCAACACCCAGUCCUCAAGGGCAAAAGUCAGAUCUCACAGCGCUCCUAAGCAACGCCCUGUGGAUCAGACUUGGGCCCCUGAGAGGCGGUCUACAAGUAGUAUCAAACGAAGACCUUCAAUCGAAGGAAGGAACAUGCCACGAGCCAUAAGGAUGCAACGUUCAUCUUCUCAUGUUGGAUCGGGUGGUCAACCAAAUCACUACCCAUGGUCAAUUAAGCUUGACAAGUCAAUGGUGUCUCUUAUCGAGAGUGAAUGUGGAUCCACGAGUACUAUCCUAACCAAUAAUGGUUAUUACAGCAAAUCUGUUGUUGGAUAUGGAUAUUGAACGAAUCAUUAGCUGUUGAUUACUCAAGUGUACGUAAUCAUUGGGUUAAUUAGUAGAUAAGUGUGAUAAGUUUUUGUCUAGUUACUUAUGAAAAUAAAAAAAGGUGAGCGUCAAUUCGAUUUGUAAUGUUGAUUUGGUCAAUUGUAAUAAUUAUUGUUAUUAUAUCUAAAA